GAGGAGAGUUGAGGACACUCAUUCCCUCUUUUAAGGAUACCUUUUUCCUCGCCCAUUUCUUUCUCCUCCUAGUCUCCUUCCUCUACUGUCCACUGUACUGGAUCUUAGCCAGACCGAGAGAGGGGAAGCGGAAAACGAGGGAGGAGUACAUGCAGAGAGAUAAAUAGGAUGAUGAGGGACACCAUAAGGUGCUGCAUCUCCUGCAUCCUCCCCUGCGGCGCGCUCGACGUGAUCCGCAUCGUGCACGCGAGCGGCCGGGUGGAGGAGAUCAGCGGCACGGUCAGCGCAGGCGACAUCAUGCAGGCUUAUCCAAAGCACGUCCUCCGCAAGCCGCCCUCGGCAUCGCUGGACGGCGUCGAAGCCCCCAAGGCGGUGAUACUGCCGCCGGACGCCGAGCUCCAGAGGGGGAAGAUAUACUUCCUCGUGCCUGUCGCGUCGUCGGCGCCGGUGAAGGAGACGACAGCGGCGAGGGGGAGGAGGAGGAGGAGAAAGAAAGAAGGAGAGAGCAAUGCGGCCACAGCUGAUAAAACCAUGCUUCUCCUCAACGAGCGGUAUCUGUCGGAGAUCCUCUCGGAGAAGGCGUCGAGCUAUCGGGACAAGCGGCGAGGAAGAGUGGGCGUGUGGCGGCCGCACUUGGACAGCAUCUCCGAGGGCUCGAAUGAGCUCUGAACAUGGUCGUCUACCGCUUUCCUUUGUUAGCUCUUGUUUCUUCAAGCUUCUUCAUGAGAGAUCCGAAGAGAUUGUUCCACGGAGGUAGAUUUAAACUGAGACACAGAGAGAGGCAGGCCAGUAAUCCAAGGCAGAGAUAGCAUGGUUAGGAAACCCCACUUCACUGUUCAUCUUCUCCUUUGCUCAGUACCUGAAUACAAUAAAUGAAUCAUUGUUCUUC